AUGUUUGCAAUUGUUUUUUUUUUAAAUGUUUUAGCUUAUACACAUGAGUCUGUAACAUUAUCUUUCCCUUUAGAUGUCGAAACAAACAAUGAUGGUAUUAGAAAUUCAACGGGUCAUUUUACCCAAGUUGAGAAUGACUUAAUUACGGGCAUUAGAAUACAAACCCCACCAUCUCAACACGAUGAUUUGUCGACAAUUAAAAGAUUUAAAAAUUUUAUAAAGAAACAUUCGAUAACGUUACAAAUAAUUUCUUUUAUAAUAUUAAUUUCCCUUGCACUUUACGUACUCACUGUAUUUGACGCUGCAUGGUAUAAAUAUAUUCAAGUAUUAAUUAUAAUAUCCCUCGUUUUUUGGUAUUUGAUGGCCUCAGUUUUUUAA